AGGAUACAUUUAUUGGACUCUGCCGCCAUCUACUGUGUGACUGGUGUCUUGCUCAGAAGCACGAGAGGCUUCCACGUCAUCUUUACUGGCGUUGUUUUGUUUAGAAAUAGACCAGGAAAUUGCGUUUUUGUCAACUCACGAAGCAUGGAAAAGUAGCUAGUUGGAGCUGUGGUGACAUUGAAACGCAGAAUUAGAGGACUAUAGUCAGAAAUGGAUGACGAUGUUACCAUUGAGGACGAGGGUGGACCAGAAAUACAGAAUACACCCCUUGAAAACCAGGAUUUAAGUUUCCUGCAACAAACUGGUAAAUUCGCUAGCUAAUAUCAGCUGCACAUCUGUCAGUUUUCUGGCUUGUUUACCAAGCCUAGCUGGCCUGGCAAGAUAUCCUUCAAAUACUAAAGCUAAUAAUGCAGCUAGCUAGCUAACGUUGUAGCAGUGGUUGUAGCUUAGCUAGUGUAGGCUAAGAUAGCUAGCUACAGUAGCUAGCUAGCAAAAUAACUAAAUGCAGAGACACAUCAUUCAUUGACAGGGCUGCCAACUUUCGAAGAAUGCUUGGAGUGAGAUUUGCUAUGUGAAUUUCAUUUCCCCCUGGCACACCCCUAGAUGGGAGAACCAUUUUACUGUUUUAAAUGUCCUACAAUUCUACGUAUUUUGACAUGGCUUAGGCCUAUGACCAACAUUUUUAAAAAAUAAAAAAUAAAACACAGGUCAGGUGUAUUCAGGAUGCUUUGAAAAUUGAAUGAACACUCAAAAUCUGAUGACUUUGUUACUUUGAGAUUUUGGGGGGCUGACAUUUAAAUUAUGCUAAUAUUUUAAACACAUUUUUUAGGUGGUUUGACACUAUUCAGACAGUAAUGAAAUGAGAUGGGGAGACAGGCAAAUGUGAGAAAUAGUGGGGAGGUUGGAAGCAGGGAUUGAUCCCUGUUCUCAGGUGGAAAGUAUGCAACACCUUCCGCAACACCAAGGCUCUGCACAGGAAAUUCUAAUAUUAAUAUUAAUGGUUAAUAGCAGUGGGUAACCAAAUCAUAGAUUGCAGUCUCCUUGUCCAUAGACUGCUUUCAAGGUAAGGACACAAACAUUUUAGUAUUUUGUAAUUUGGGUGAAAAUCUCUUUAAAUAGGGCUGGAAGAAAAUCCUGCUUGCUCUCCAGGAGGGUUGACAGUCCAUGUGCUUAUGGAUAAUUCAUAUUUCCUUUCAUCUCGGGCAAGGUCAAACAAGAGGAAAUUAAUAGUUUGAUCAUUUUUCAAGUUGCUCUGUUUCCUAAGUGCUGGGUGUUUGAAAAUGUUCUUGCUAUAAUAAUUAAUUUCUCAAUCACCCAACCUUCAAGAAAAAUCUAAUAAUUAUCAAUAUUCAGGUGGUUUAUGCCUACUAGUUGAAGGUUCUUGCCAUCAACUUACUCUACAUAGACAAAAUAUGAUGCGUUUGUGAGUUGAGUCCCCCUACCAUAUGUGCACAAUACUAAAAUGUCAAAAUUAUUUGAUUCCUGGAGCAUUUCAUAUCCAAUGCUUUUUUUGUGUGACCUAUACAAAACUGUCCAUGAAUGGCUGCAAAAAUACACAGACUCGUACAAUUCAUUUUUAAAGACACAAGUAGGCAUAUCAGAUUUCCAAUAUGUGAUUCCACUGGCAACACUGGGAAAUGGAAUAAUACAAUAUUGUAAGUGUGGGGAAUAACAGUAGUGUACUUGCUGACAUGCACAUUCAUUACCCUGUAUUUUAGCCCAAUGUUAAGAAUGAAAAUUAUUCCUCUGAUCAGACUAAAUAAAGUAAAUAAAUAAUCACAUCUCCUGAAGACAAGAUUACAUGAAUCUGUCCCUACACCCUAAUAAAAUACAUUUUCUAUUUAUUGUCCCCCCUCUAGACAGACUUGGGUUCACAAUCUGUUCGACACAUUUAUUUGUAUAGUUACACAUCAGGUCACCCUACCAAACGUCCCUGCUAAAACAUACUGUAGGUCUGUCUGCUGCCUUUUCGUUGUCACCACCUAAAUUAACCCGAUUUAACAUCUCUAGAGAGACCUGAAAAUAGCUGUGCAGCGACGCUCCCCGUCCAACUUGACAGAGCUUGAGAGGAUCUGCAGAGAAGAAUGGGAGAAACUCCCCAAAUACAGGUGUGCCAAGCUUGUAGUGUCAUACCCAAGAAGACUCAAGGCUGUAAUCGCUAUCAAAGGUGCUUCAACAAAGUAAUGAGUAAAGGGUCUGAAUACUUAUGUAAAUGUCAUAUUUCCGGGGUUUUUUAUUUAUAAAUUGGCAAAAAUUUCUAAACCUGUUUUUGCUUUAUCAUUAUGGGGUUUUGUGUAUAGAUUGAUGAGGGGGAAAAAACAAUGUAAUCCAUUUUAGAAUAAGGCUAUAACGAAACAAAUAUCGAGUCAAGGGGUCUGAAUACUUUCCAAAUGCACUGUACUCAGGGCCAGUUCUAGCCUUUUGAGGGCCCUAAGCAAGAUUUUGUUGGGGGGCCGCCCACCUCACAUCAAAACAUUUUAGUGGCCCACCUCUUGACAGUGGAGAGAAAAAUACAAUGUUUAAAGUAAAUCUCCUGCAAUUCUGCACAUUUUGCCAAGGGGUGUAGAGAAAAUGUUGCCGUUUAACAGCAAAUUUUCUGCAAUUCUACACUUUUCCAUGUGGGGGAGAGAACUUUGCAAUUUUACAAUAAAAUUAAUGCAGUUCUACUCAUUUUGCCAUGGGACAGAUCAACAUCUUUGCAGUUUUAAGGCAAUUUCCUGCAAUUAUACACAUUUUGUAAUGAAUUAUGCCAUGUUCAUAUUAUAUGAGUUUGAAUGACUAACAAAAUCCAUCUGGGCCCCCUGGAGGUCAGGGCCCCUGGGCAGGUGCCCUGCGUGCCCUGUUGGUAUGCGGACAUGAUUACUACUCGUUUAGAUAGUUUAGGCUAACUACAAAUCUGAAAAUUGUUAGCUGACGUGGCUAAAAGAGAAAAGCUGCUGAUGCACAACGGAAUUUUGAAAUUGCACCUGAUGUAUUCUACUAUUCUUACACUCAAUAGUAAGUUGAGACCCUGUCUGAGUUCCAGGGGCCCUAAGCAGCCAGGGGCCCUAAGCAGCCGCUUAUGACACUUAAGCCUGGAACCGGCCCUAAAAAUACUAUCAGUAACCCAUAAUUUCUCUUCCUGUCCACAGUCGGACCAUUGGUGGCAGAAUAUGGAUGGUAUCUGCUGUUCAUGUGUGUGGGGGUCUACCUGGUGGUACAGCACCUGAGCAAGAGGAGAGGCAGCCAGGGACAGAGCAGCUCGCCUUCUGGAGCGGUGCAAGGUGAGUGGCUGUAACCAAUCGUUUUUUAUUUAUUUAACCAAGGAAGUCACUUUGAGAUUGCAAGUACAUUUAGUCACACACACAUACAUAGAUACAUACACCCGCAGACAGACACGCAUGCACGCACACGCACCUAGGACAUGAGCAUUCUUGCUGCAGCUACAACAAUGCCACUUAUUCUCAAAACGAUGACAAGCUUGCUAAAGCAGAAACCAACUGGCACUCACAGGCUAGAGCCGGCUCCCAUUCCAACAAGGUGACUGACACAUCAGGAACGGAAUCUCGGAAUGCAAUGGAAUUUAUGGAGUCAGUAAUAUCAUCCAAUCUUUUUAAUUUUUUUCUGGCAGAUCCCAAUGCAGUGGUGAGGAGACAAGAGGCACUGGAGGCAUCCAGGCGAAGAAUGCAGGAGGAGCUGGAUGCCAAGGCGGCCGUCUUCAAGCUGAAACAACAACAGGUAAAAGGUGACACCUUUCACAUAGAUGGACCAUACAUAGACGGACAAUAGAUGGACCAUAGACGGAAAAUAGAUGGACCAUACAUAGACGGACCAUAGACGGACCAUACAUAGACGGACCAUAGAUAGACCAUGGCUUCUUAGCAAAGAGCAAUUUCUCAAUCAAGAAUUUUGCUAGGACUGUCUGGGAGUGGUCUGAGUUGGGAGGGGAAAACUGAAAACGAUCUGUAAUUGGCAGAGAGGUUUGGAGCUCUUAAUUAUUGGUCUAUUAACUAAUUUAAUUUAAAGCCAAAACUCCAUCCCACCAAAACGGGCAGAAAUUUCAGGCGGUCUUUUCAAACAGCUCUUACAAUAAAAGGCCAUUAUCAUCGUUUUCACAAUUUCACAGUAUUUUUCCAACCUCAUAGUGUGGAAAUAUACACUACUGGUCAAAAGUUUUAGAACACCUACUCAUUUAAGGGUUUUUCACACAGUCUCCUCUGAACAGUUGAUGUUGAGAUGUGUCUGUUACUUGAACUCUGUGAAGCAUUUAUUUGGGCUGCAAUUUCUAAUGAACUUAUCGUCUGCAGCAGAGGUAACUCUGGGUCUACCAUUCCUGUGGCGGUCCUCAUGAGAGCCAGUUUCAUCAUAGCGCUUGAUGUUUUUUGCGACUGCACUUGAAGAAACUUUAAAAGUUCUUGACAUUUUCCGGAUUGACUGACCUUCAUGUCUUAAUGUAAUGAUGGACUGUCAUUUCUCUUUGCUUAUUUGAGCUGUUCUUGCCAUAAUAUGGACCUGGUCCUUUACCCCCCCACCUUGUCACAAUACAACUGAUUAGCUCAAAUGCAUUAAGACGGAAAGAAAUUCCACAAAUUAACUUUAAGGAAGGCACACCUGUUAAUUGAAAUGCAUUCCAGGUGACUACCUCAUGAAGCUGGUUGAGAGAAUGUCAAGAGUGUGCAAAGCUGUCAUCAAGGCAAAGGGUGGCUAUUUGAAGAAUCUUAAAUAUAAAAUAUAUUUGGAUUUGUUUAACACUUUUUUGGUUACUACAUGAUUCCGUAUGUGUUAUUUCAUAGUUUUGAUGUCUUCACUAUUAUUUUACAAUGUAGAAAAUAGUAAAAAUAAAGAAAAACCCUUGAAUGAGUAGGUGUUCUAAAACCUUUGACCGGUAGUGUAUAUGUAAAACACAGGUAAGUCAAGUUUUUGACUGCACUGGGCCUUUAACACAGAUCUGAAACCCCAGGCACCACAAACCAGUUUGCCCAUUGUCCCUGCCAAAUCUGAUGUUGAAGACUUUUGGUACUUGUCUUUUGUUUACUGUGUGAUAGCUGGAGGAGGAGAAGAGACGACAAAAAAUUGAGAUGUAUGACAGCAUGAAAGAGGGGAGGAGUUACAGAGGACAGGCAAAGACAGUCCAGGUAAGCUGCGUUCUCUAUCGUAGGCCUAAAUAACAUACAUUACAUAACUUAUGCCAUUUAGCAGACGCUUUCAUCCAAAGUGACUCGUAGUCAUGCCUGCAUACAUUUUACAUAUUGGUGGGCCUGGGAAUCGAACAAACAACCCUGGCAUUGCAAGCGCCAUGCUCUACCAACGGAGCCAUACAGGACCACCCAUAAGUAAAUGCAGCAUUUGAUAGAUAUUAUGGCCAAGCCAGGAGUUUUUCAUGGUCAGGACACGGGGUCUGACCAUGUCCAUCCUGACCAUGAAGAAACUCCUGUCUCAGACAUAUUUCUCAGAAGUCGCAGAUUUGUUAAUGGGUUUCAUGUAAGCACUUUGAGGUUUCUUGUCUGUAAAUGAAAAUAGCUCAAUAUAAUUAUUGUUGUUAUUAUGAUGUAACAUUUCAGAACACUGAAGAGGUCAGCACAUCGACUACAGUGUUGAAAUCAAAGACCGACAAGAAGCCCCUACGGAGCAGUGGUAUGUUGACAUAUUUCAUGAUGAGAGCAGUAUUGUAAUUGGUUAAUUACUCACAUCUCUAUUCAUGUGAAAAUGUAAGACAUCAUGCUCACUCUUAAAGUAAUCAAUCAGUAAUUAAACAGGUUCUGAAUCCUACUAGAUCCAUUUAUGCAUCCAUGCAAUGAUGAGCAACUUUCAUGUUCAUGCAUGUAAGGCACUGAUCUUGCUGUCGAUAAGAAGCACUGUGAUUCUUACUGAAACCGUUUCAAAGGUUAUACAUGUCACAUUUCCACCUACAAAUAGAAAGUACACACCAGUAGUAAUGAAGGAAUGAAAUCCACAAAAGAAAAAAACCCAUUUUUGAACACUGCGCAAUGCUGCAAAGUAGCUUUGUACUGCAACUAGCUGGUCUUGCCAGUUGUGUGUACAACUUUCUGUAUUACGAUACAGGAAAACAGCUAAUAUUGCUCAUGUUUUAUAUUUCAAAAACAUAUAUAUUUUUUUAUCCUUUAUUUAACCAGGCAAGUCAGUUAAGAACAAAUUCUUAUUUACAAUGACUGCCUACCCCGGCCAAACCCGAAUGAUCUGGUAUGAAGCAGUGCUAAGCUUUUGGGGGGAUUUCUAAGCAGUGUCUUUAAAGAGAAAAUGGCUAAAAUGUGACAUGUUACUCAUUUAAGGAUUAAGUAGUAGGUAGGUGACGCUGGCGUCCUCCAUCUCCUCUCUGUGCCAGUAGCCUACAUUCUGCCCUGCUGUCUGUAUUUCAGGCUUUAAUCCCCUGAGCGGAGAGGGAGGUGGAUCCUGUGCGUGGAGACCAGGAAGGAGAGGGCCGUCGGCUGGCGGUGGAUGAGGUUAAAGGAGGUCAGAGCCACAGGCUCGGGUUAGACCUCGCCCCCUUAACCCCGGAUCUAGGAUCAGAUUACCCUACCGUCAUUCCUAACCUGAACUUUUCAGGGGAUGGAAGACAUAUCUGACCCUGUAUCUGUGGCUAGGGGUGACUUGUGCCUACUCUGAGGUGACCUGUGAACUCUGACCCCUGAUCUUUGACCCCUGACCCGACCCGUCAUAGGCACACACACUGACCUACUGAAGGAAGCUGCCAGCAAUCUCAAAGCCCUCUUAGUUAUUGAUCUAAAUCAAUAUGUUGUUCUUCUCAAAGCCCUCUUAGUUAUUGAUCUAAAUAUAUCUGUUGUU